CUUUCCACUGCUUUCUGUCGCUCUUUUGAUUCUCAUCACACGAACCGCCGUUUUAACCUUCUCGAGUUUCGCUUGCUGUUUUUUUUUCUGUUUCUCACACAACUCCACCAGUUCAGUUCAGAACGGGAAAACAAAUAAAGAAGAGCCGAAGGAAUCAUAAAGAAAAAAAAGAGAGAUUGAUCAAAACUCAGACUAGGAAACGCAUCUAGAAGUCGAAAAUUCAUCUCCCACUCCUCAUCUAAAACCCUAAAACUUCGGAGUUGCCCACUCACUGCAAAGAAAGAUGACUACCAAAAAAGAAAAGAGGAUAGUGACUGAGGAAGAAAAGACAUUCGCCAAGAAUUUCAACAUAAUGGAUCUCCCCGACAUCCCUACAGGACUUCCUCCGCAUCUUCAACUCCAGCGAACUCGUGUCCUCUGUGAAGAAGACGCUCCUAUUCAUACGACGAGUAUCGCUUACUCGGGUGCCUAUAAUGGUGUGGGAGUUGACAACAGUGUAAAACUCGAAAACUUCUCUGAUAAUUUCAAAGUCGAUGUGAUCGAACUUUCAAAAGAUGGCAUGGAAUUGACAUUCGAUAUGAUCGGUAUUGAUGCAGCAAUCGCCAAUGCCUUCAGAAGGAUCCUUCUAGCUGAGCUUCCUACAAUGGCUUUUGAAAAAGUGUUUAUAGCAAACAAUACAUCCAUUGUUCAAGAUGAAGUUCUUGCUCAGAGGAUGGGUCUUGUUCCUAUUGCCGCAGACCCCAAGCUCUUCGACUAUUUAUCUGAAAACGACCAGCCAAAUGAAAAGAACACCAUCGUUUUCAAACUCCACGCGAAAUGUGCAAAAGGUGAAGGACGUAAGAAAGUUUUAACAAAGGAACUGAUUUGGUUACCAAAUGGGAGUGAGUUGGUUAAAGAAUCAGGAGAUUCAAACUCAAAGCCAAAAACUUAUACUUCCUUCAGCCGAAGCCAAAAAGAUUCCUUCCCUGAAUUUGCUGCUAAGGAUAGUAAUAUCUCUCCGAGCUAUCCUGACAUAUUGAUCGCAAAACUCGGCCCUGGUCAUGAGAUUGAGCUGGAGGCUCAUGCGGUUAAGGGCAUUGGUAAAACACAUGCAAAGUGGUCACCAGUAGCGACGGCUUGGUAUCGGAUGCUUCCUGAGGUUAUUCUACUAAGGGAAGUUGAGGAUGAAGAUGCUGAACGACUCGUAAAAGCCUGCCCGCAGAAGGUUUUUGACAUUGAAGACAUGGGCAAUGGUAGGAAGAGGGCAAGGGUAGCACGGCCACGUGAGUGCACGUUGUGUAGGCAAUGCGUGAGGAAAAAUUAUGGAGAGGAUAGAAACAAAGACGAAGAAGAAAAAGAAUGGAUAGAGAAUGUGGGUCGAGAAAAAGAAUGGGUAGAGAAUGUGGCUCUUCGACGUGUCAAGAACCAUUUUAUAUUUAAGAUUGAGUCAACUGGAUCAAUGCCUCCGGAUGUUCUCUUCACUGAAGCUGUCAAGAUUUUGGAAACUAAAUGUGAACGUGUUAUCGCUACUCUCUCCUGAAAAGGAUAUUUUUAUUGGUUUUGUACUUUAGUUCUCUACUGGCAUGGUCCCGAUUUAGUUCAAUUAUGGGUUUUGUAUCAAAUCUUCUCUUUGAUUUUCAAUACUAAGGACAUUGAGAUGUUCAUGUUGCAUAAGUUCGUUUUGAGUUCAAAUUGAAAUUCAGUCA